AUGGUGAUGGACUCAUGGGGCCAGCUCCCUAUUCUUCUCCUUGAGGUUUCAGAUAGAUUCGUGUGGAGUGUCGAUCCGUCUGGUCUCUUCUCGGUGGCUUUUGCAUGGCAUUGGAAAGCGAGAGUGGAUUGGUCAUCCUUUAUAUGGAACAAAACUAUCACUCCGAUGUACCAAUUCAAUCUAUGGCUGAUCAUUAAGAACCGUCUUCCGACACAAGCUUUUCUUAUGUCCUAUGGGAGGAUCGGGAGGGAAGUUUGUGCCUUCUGCAAGCUCACGUUGGAUUCUAUUGACCAUCUCUUCUUCGGCUGUGGUAAGGACUUCUAUCAUGCUAUAGGGCGCUUCUCUUUUGCUGCACUCUGCCACCUUAUUUGGAGGUAUAGGAACGACAUUCUCUUCAGAGGUCAUCCAGUGGUGCCUGUGGUUGUCAAGAAGCAUCUCAUUAAAGUGGUCAAGGACAAAGCCUUAACCUUUAGAAGCGUCGAAGAUUGCCCGAGAAAUAGAAGGCUUCAACGGAAUUGGGGGCUCAACCCUUCUAUUUUCUCUUCUCCUACGCCGACCGCCUAG